UAGUACACCAAACUAGACGUUAGUUGUCUCCUGUUAUAGAACAAUAUUCAGCGGAGAAAAUCUUUAGAACAAAAGAUCUAUGCUGCCGUGAAAACUGAGGCUAGUCGUGGCUGGAUUCGAUCCCACUAUCUUUCACCUAGGAGGGAGCGCAGGACGGGUAUAGAUGAACUCUAUGAAUGAGCCCCUGUGUCUUGAGGAACUCGUUGUAGGCGCCCACCACCACCACCCCCUCGCCUCCAGCCAUCAUCUUGGAGGUAUGACCAUGCACCAUCACCAUCACCAUCUCAGCGACUCGAACCCUAUACCUUCAGGGUCGGAGUCGGCGCUAUCCUCGCCACCACACGGUUCGGGACACCAUACCACCACCGUGCACAGGACCAUGACGCCCAGUGACGCUGCGUCAGACAGAUCUGAUUCUAACGAUGCUUCUAAAAAUAAGUCAGACGACGGUUGUGAUGACGACAAGAAGAAGAAGCGCCAACGACGCCAACGUACCCACUUCACCAGCCAACAGCUGCAGGAGCUGGAGGCCACGUUCGCCAGGAACCGUUACCCGGACAUGGCAACACGGGAGGAGAUCUCGGCCUGGACCAACUUGACGGAGGCCAGAGUUAGGGUUUGGUUCAAGAACCGACGGGCCAAGUGGAGAAAACGUGAGCGGAACAUGGAGACAUUCAAGACCGGAUUCGGCCCGCAGUUCAACGGUUUGAUGCAACCCCCCUUCGAUGACGGGAUCUACACCGGCUACCCCUACCAAAACUGGGCCGCCAAAGUCCCGUCCCCCCUCAGCUCCAAAACCUUCCCGUGGGGCCUAAACAUGAACAUGAACAGUCCCGUGAACCCUCACUUGUCGUCGGUGGUGUCCACACAAUCCCUUGGGGGCUUCUCGUCCUCCCCGGGGCCCAUCAGUAGCAUCAACUCUUCCAUGAUGGGGAGCGGGAGCGUACCCGGGGGCAUGAACUCCCCGGGCGCCACCUGCCCGUACGGCCCCCCGGCCCCGCCUUACCUCUACAACCGUGACCAGUGCACCAACAGCAUCGCGACCUUGAGGCUCAAGGCCAAGGCGCACUCCUCCCCCUUCCCCUACCCCUCGAUGCCGUCACGCCAGCCGACGUUGUCUGCCUGCCAGUACGCCACCAACGGUGCCGCCGUUUGACAUACGCCUCAGCCCUAUCCUUCCCCAGCGCACUCCUCCUACCCCUCGCCCAGCUCAUCCCUGAGGGACGACACCCCCAGCAGUAGCCUGGCCAAGCUUCAGGACCCACGGGAGCUCAGCUUUUUAUAGCUGCGCAUGCGCAACUCACAAGCCAAUCAGUGAAGCAGUCAGCAACACACCGGAAGUGACGCUUUGGUUACAUCCCACUGUGGAACAUUAACUGCACGCAACAAUUUUUUAUUUUUAAAAAAUCGUUAGAGGACAUUACAUCACAAAAAACUGGAGACACGAGUCGCCAUCUUUUUGCUCUAGGAAUUGUGGGUAAAGUCUGCCAUUGUGGCCUGCAUAGUUUACAGCAUCUAAAAAAAAACUCUACGCCGCUGCCAGUUUGUGAUUUAGAAAAAAAAAAACAAGUUUAAAAUAAAGCUUUCAGUACUGCCUUCAAAACUACAGCAAAUUAUAUUUAAGUUGAUAAUAUACGCUAUCUCAACUGAGUUGAUUACACCUAACAAGUUAAAAACUGUUUUUCAAAUUAUUUUUGAUAUGACUAUAAAAAGGCAAACCGGAACUUAGAUCGUGAAACGAAAACAGCGUCACGCAAUCUGGAAAGGAGAAAGAACUCAGCGUCGGGGAGAUAAUCAAAUUCAUACAGGACGGCGGGUUCUGUCCCUUGGUCGAUCAAUACAGAUGGUCUGUCAGAGAUCGAAUUAGGGCCAUUAACAUAAGACCUUGACAUUGGGGAAUGGGAUGUGUAGUUGGGAUAGAGCGACACAUAGUCAGCACGCAAAAGACGAUACAAUGUGUUGAAAAAGUCAUAUCAAUUCAUCUGUGAGUUGCUAUAAAAAUCAAAAUUUGAACAUGAAAUUUUGUGAACAUCAACUCACCUCUCACGAGAAGGCGAUUGGAUUAAGGUGAUAUCAGCAUCAAUUCUCAAGGUUGUGUUUUAAAUCUCAGCAGAAUAAUCAGAUAACAGAUAUACAAAUGACCAGCGAAGACGUAGAAAAUCCAUAUCUUAAUUACCGCGGCCUAAAGCGGGCCACAAUAUUGGCCCAGGAUACUCGGGCCACCGUGCAGCGGCCACCUGGCAUGGCCCACCGUGCAGGGCCCACAACACUGGACCACCCAGAGCAUUUUUGUGAUUCAACGAUCGUCCAAACGAUCGGUCAAGUCGAGCACACUGAUCUAACGAUAGGAAAACCUAUUUGGUUAUCUACACUUGAAGGAUAGGGUAAUGAGGGCUGAAUAUAUAAACAUGACAUUUAUAAACUGUGUACAAACUUUUUUUUCUUUCUUUAAAACAAUAUCGUUGUGCGGCGUACACAGAGGCGUACGCAUCGAUGUACACACGGACACACUCAUGUACACACCAGCAGACGCACGGACAAACGUGUGCGCGCACGAACAUUUGAACGAUUUUGUGCUUGUAAAUGACUUAGGUUUUGUAUAUGAAAUUUUAAAUUUUCUUUCCCAAUGACAAAGGCAUGACGUCACCGAUGACGUAUUCGUGUCUCUGUUGUAUUUACGUUUCCUGUAAUCUGGUUGAAAUGAUGUCAUAUCAGUUCAUCUUCCUCAGUGGUUCAAAGAUCAUGAGCUUGCCAUUCUUGUAAAAAAAAAUUGUGUGUAUUUUGUUAUAUAUUUCACUCGUUUUUUUUCUUCAAAUGUGUCUAUCUUACUACAAUUUAAUUUUUUCCCCAUCUUUAAUUAGUACUAAUUACUACUCUUUUUAAGUUUGUAACGUCAAUUGGAUUUUCUGAAGACGUUUCUAUUAUGAGAUGUAUACUGUACAUUGAUAAAAAUAAUAAAAAAAAUUAUUGAGAAAGGUAAAAUAAUUUUUUUGUAAAAUUUACUUUUGAUUGUGCCAUUAAAAUCUCACACAUUGUAUUGUGUACUAAUGUUGACAAUAC